UAGAUGUCUCUGGUCUUGGCCUUGAGGCGAAUGGGCCAGCCUUGCCGAAACCCCGUCACAACCAUCGUCAAACGUCACGGAAGUCUUCGAACGACCAGCGAAAGCGCAGCGUACGAUGGACCGGGAAAAACCACCGUCUCCAUUCUCAACGAAGAGAACAAACGCUUGAUGGUGGACUCGUUCAGUGUCAAUGGAUUCAGACUGAACAACAACAUGAAAUGCUUCGGUCCCCUGGUCAUCUUCCCAACCUGUGUCUUUCAUUGGGCCCUGAGGGACUAUUCAGACUUGACGGCCGAGUCCUUGGCCAUUUUUCGACUUCUUCAGCCCCGCCCCGAGCUCGUAGUGGUCGGUUAUGGGAACGAGGGAGAUACGCCCCCCAUUGCCCCGUUAUUUGUGGCGUGUAAGAAGAUGAAACUGAACGUGGAGUUCAUGACCACGGAGAAUGCCAUCGCCACCUACAACUACAUGUGCUCGGAAGAGCGGCUCGUGGCGGGCGCGUUGAUACCGCCGCAGAGAUUACGACAAUCCUCGACAAGAGAUGAUGCAUUCUUAACCAACGCGGCCAACAAAAAAGAUCCAUUUUCCCUCGGAAAAAAGGACAUCCAAUUUCAUUAGCUUGGACAAUAGUUAGGUAUUGAUUACAAGUUAAGUGUGUAAUAGGUGUUGUAAUUCUCAUUUUUUCGACGAUUAAAGCCAUUUUUUUUAAUGCAAA